AUGAAUAAGAGGGACGAGGCGUCGAUGGCACAGGGGCCUGCGAGCAUAGACGUGGGCAGACACAAACAUUACCAGACGAGAAGCAUAAGCAGACGAUCGAAAAGCGCGGACAGCCGGGCCUUCAAGCAGCAGACGGCAAGCUACCAACCGGUUGGUGCCAAAACCCAGUCCGUCGUGGACAGCUGCGACUCCGACCGUGGAUUAUCCAGACGGACAGGUAGCGGAGGUGGUGCUUAUUCUGAAAGUUAUGGUGUUAAAUUAAGAAAUUCCGGUAAAAAUGGUGCUCCGGAAAUGGGAAUAAAAUCAAUUGAAAUGGAAAAUUCGUCCGUGAUUCAAACCGUGGAGAUAUUCAAGAAUCCAGGUCAAACCUUAGGAUUUUAUAUUCGUGAGGGCAACGGGUUCGAUCGCCAAGAAGGUGUGUUCAUUUCUCGGAUACAAGCUGGAACUGUGGCAGAAAGUAAUGGAUUACUACACAUUGGGGACGAGAUUCUAUCCGUCAACAGCGUGGAGGUUAGUAGAAUGUCUUUGGAUGACGUCGUUAUUCUCAUGUCUAUACCUCGGAAGCUGCUUCUUAAAAUUAGGUCAAAGAAAAACUGCAAUAAAAAGAACGCGUCUUGUCCUUCGCUAGCGUUAACAGAAAGCGAUAACCCUCCGGUUGUUGUCCUGAAAAAGGGCCAUGUUCGAGCAUCGUCUGAUACUCAGCUUGAAAUGACUGAGAAAAUACCGCAUUUUCACGAAGGCGGUAUGGCAGCAGACACUAAUAGUGACCUGUUUGGUCGGCGCUUCCAUCGACCAGAAAAGAGCAACUCUCAAUAUGCCAGUAUUUUCAUAUCACCUCAUAAAGCGGAAGCGAAACUCAUCUCCGGUGGCGAUGACAAUAACAGUGAUCAUUCAAGCGAGGGCUCCAUACCCCGGAGCAUCGAUUCCGGUGGAAAAGACUAUUACUCCGGUCACAGGGGAUACAGCGUCCCUAUUGGCCCACCAGAAGAUCCAUACGGAUAUCUCGCCCCUUCCUCUCUUCCAAACUAUCCCCUGCCACUGAGCGACUCAAUGGAAAAGGAAUACGGGCGCAUCAUUUCUCCACAUGAGCAGAAGUAUAUGGCGGCCAGUCAAGGUCACACCAGGUCCCCGUCCCGUGGAAGCACGCUUUCGCAAGCCGUCCCGACCUCCCGACCACGUUACUAUAGCUCCGACAGCGAACGCGGCGCAUACAGCGACACCUACCAGCCGCUUUCCGACUACGGGGUCGGCUAUCGGGCAGGUUACACGGACUCUGCUAGCAGGCAAAAGUAUCAAGGGGCUUUCAGGGAAAUGAUUCAUUCCAAAGCGAAAUACGGCGGCAAAUCGCGUCCGCGAUCACCCGAGUGCUAUAACUCGGAUUCCGAGGUGCUGUACACAACGCCGAGUUGCGCAGUAAAUACUCCGGACCCACGGGGCUUCGCUUCAGACUACGAGACGUACGCCGGUGCCAUAAGCGACGAUGAUCCGGUGUACGCCGUGCCAAAACAGAUCUCAGCCAGCAGUAGCAGCGAACUGCAGCUGCUUUUGCGAAAAUUCACGACGCUCUCACAGGAGUUGCAGCAGGAGCAGAAUCGCUUACAACAACAGCUGACCACUCGAGACAAACAAGUUACGUCGUCAACCAAUUCAGUCUACUCGGCGGCUGGUAGUAACAGCUUUCUCACAAAGUCUUUGUCUCCCGUGCCACUCCGAAAGGUUACCUCGGCAACACAGACUCCUAAGCAACAGCAGCAGCGCGUGGAGAAGCUCUUCCGGAAACAAAGUGCGGACAGUUUAACGUCGUACAAAACAUAUCAGCUUGACGAACCGUGUAACAGUAUUGAUCCCAUUGCCCAGGAACCUAAAUACUCACGACCUGUUAUGUACACAUCAUCGAAGGGUAUCGUUAAGGGUGUCCAAACCGUUACUACCUCAUCUAGCUCUAUAUCAAAUUUGGACCCUAGCAUGUCCUUCGAUACGAACGGCCGGGCAAUCACGCGAACGUCGGCCAGCCGUUUUCGCGAUCUCCAGCUGGCAAAACGACCGCUGCAAAUUUCAUACGGGGAUUUUGAUUGUUAUAAGAUUGACUUGAAAAAGCGGAACGAGUUUUCGAGAUCGAACGGUCUUGACGGCGUUUUGUGUGUACACGUUUUGUGCGGCCAAGGUCUUAAGUGCACGAAGAUGACUUUACGUGAUUUAUACUGCGUGAUCUCUGUAGAUUCUUUAAAUAAGGCACGGACAAUGGUGCGAACCGGUGCUGUCAAUUUUGAUUGGGACGAAGCGUUUGAUAUUGAUUUAGAAAACGCGAAAGACGUCUCUUUCCUAAUAUAUAAUUGGGAUCCCAAUUAUAAACAUAGGUUGUGCUUUCAUGGUUCUAUAUUUUUACCCGGAUUUACCGACCCGAACCGAAAGAAACACGUAGCAUUAAAAAUGGAACCAAAAGGUCUGUUAUAUGUCACACUGCUUUAUAGAGAACCCAAAGAAAUAUUACAACGAUUGCCGAAUGUGAAACACGAAGGGUGUUUUGGCGUUGAUUUAGAUACCGUUAUUAAGCGCGAAAAUAUUAACAUGCAUGUGCCUCUUUUGGUGGUUAAAAGUGUUGCGGAAAUUGAGCGUCGCGGCUUGGACGUCGUCGGCAUAUAUCGACUCUGCGGAUCGUCUCGUCGGAAGUCGCAGCUUCGGGAGGCAUUUGAGAAGAACUCGGCACAAGUCGACCUCUCGCCGGAAAAUGUAUCUGAUAUCCAUGUGGUGACAGGGGUAUUGAAGGACUACCUCCGAGAACUUCCGGAACCGCUCGUCACCAACGCCCUUUAUCAGAUGAUGCUUGACGCGCUGAGCGUUAGACUUCCAGGUGACCCCGACGGGAGCGCUAAACUCAUGCUCAGUAUUCUGGAGUGCCUUCCAAAAUCAAAUCAGGAUACCAUGUCACUGAUGCUGAACCAUCUGCACAAAAUUGCUGCCAAGAGUGAGAGGAACAAAAUGGGUCUCGACCAACUGGCAACCUGCCUGGGACCCGUAUUGCUAUGCCCGUCGUCCGUCGGGGCCGCAAGCGACACCAUGGAGUUCCGCAAACAUAUUGACGUCCUCAAGUAUCUUCUGGAGGUGUGGGGCGAAAAGUUAAGUACCGAGGGCUCCAAACCGUCCAGCAGUGCAACUUCCCCAAGGUCCGAUAACUCGAUAAUUCAUAUGAAGCCGAAUAACACCACCGCAUGAUUUAUAAUAAUGUGUUUGAAGAAGGGACAGCCGAAAAUCCAAUAUGAAGAUCAUGCAAAAGUGACCUAUACUCCGGUAGCUCUCUACUCCGGUAGCUCUCUACUCCGAUAGUUAUAUACCCCGUCAGCUCUCCUCUCUGGUUGCUCUAUAAUCCGGUUGCUCUAUAAUCCGGUAGCUUAAUACUCCGUCGAUAUAUGUAGCUUUCCUCUUCAUUAACUCUAUAAUUUAUCGGUAGCUCUACCCUUAGCUUUAAACUCGGCCUGUAGCUCUCCUUUCCGGUUGCUCUAUAUUCCGGUAACUAUGUACUCCUCUACGGUAACUCUAUACUACGCCGGUAGUUCUUUUCUUCGGUUUCUCUAUAGCUAUGUACUCCGCUCCGCAUAAAGCCUAUCAACUUUACAGCACUAUAGUUUCAAACAGUUGUUGUACCAUGGUGUAUUUAGUAUUAUAUUUCUAAAACAAUCAAAUAUGUUCACAAGUCGAACGUUCAACCUUAUCCUUUAAUUACAGAAAGAGAAUAAACUCGCAUACACUUUAAACAAUUAUAUUAAUUUGUAUUAAUCAUUAAAUACUCAUAUAAUAAUUAAAAGAAAAUUACCUCGUAUUAUCAUUGAAAUAGAACUGGCUCUUAUUUGGAAUGUAAAAGGUCAAUCACAUGUAACUGGUUAAUCUAUUUAAGUAAUCGUCAUAUUGUUUGCACGUGAUCUCUCUUCGAAAACAAAAGUUUAAUUAUGAUCGCUUAUGAUGCUAACAUGUCCGGUCAUAUUAUGAUUGGAAUAUACAAUUUACGGUCCAUAACGUCUUCAUUUCUCGAGGAAAAAUAAACAGUUAUUGCUCAUAUGUCAUCAUCUUUGCGAAACAAAUGAAAAGAGCCAGAAAAAUAAUAAGAGUUUUAGACAAAGAUAUACAAUAAAUAUGGACUCAACUAUCGUCAGCACAACAUGUUUUGUGUACAUACACGAUUUAAAACUCAAUUAGAUUAAACUGUCCUUAAUUUAAGAAAGUUUGUUAUUUGAAAAUAAAUGUAUACACAAUUGAAAGGCCAUAAUGUUAACGCAUUUUAAUCAUUCAUUUCCCAGCUUCAUGAGUCAAACACCCCUAGGUCAUUAAUUUAAUUAAAUUACUUCCAUUGCAUCAUCAUUGUUCGCCAUGUCAUGGCGCGUUUGAGCAGUGGAAGCCCACACAAACGGUGCUAAAAUUAAUCAUUUGGCGUUUUUGCUAACGAGUAUCGAUGGGCACUCACAUAUAAUGUUUAUUUGUGGAACAAUUGGGAAUUCAAGACUAUAUUAUUGAGUUUGUGAUCGUGUUAGUGUAAGAAAUGUUUAUGUUGUUAUGAAUUGAAGAUAAUUAAUUUAUUAUAAUGCAUUUAACUUCACCAUGUGAUAUUAUUUUUUAAUGUUAUUUUUGCCUUACUAAAAAGGAUGUACUUUUGUUUUAAAUACCAAUUCCUCUUUAUCUUACCAGACUAAAACGUUGCAUUAUAUGAUUUUUGAAGAAAAAAUUCUUUUGAUGUGAAAUUAAACAUUACAUUAAUGUCUUCAAAAUGAAUACAUAUUGUGUAGUACAGUUAAUCGUCAAUUUCUUAGAUGUUGAAACUGAAUGUUAACGUUUGUACGACCAAAACAUUUAAAAAUGUAUGUUCAUUUGAUUUUCAGUUUGGCACGUGUUAUAGAAUAUUAUUUUUAUACUAUGUCAGAUAGUUUUUUAAACAGUAUGUAAUAAACUAAUAACAAUAUAUAUAAACAUUGACUUUAAAGGUUUUUAAAGGUUUCUGGUAAAAGUGUAUGUCAAUGAUUGAAUGUACUUGUUAUGUUUAUCUUAAAGCUAACUAAACUUAUCAUUAUUAUAUAAUGUGAUAGAUUUGUUAGUUUAUUGUUUGUUUAGAAUCAUAUAGAAAUGUAGAAAUAUAUGAUUGUUUAGUUGUAGCAAGAGUGAUUGAAGAGUCAUAAAGAUAUACGAAACAAUG